AUGGCUCCCCCCGGCGGCCCUCCCGGCGACGACUGCUCCCACAUCAUCGAUCACAGCCACGUCCCCGAGUUCGAGGUGGCCCUCUGGAUCAAAAUCACCCUCAUCCUGGUGAACCUGCUCAUCUGCGCGCUGGGCCUCCUGGGCAACAGCGUCACCAUCCGCGCCACGCAGCUGCUGCAGCGGAAGGGCUACCUGCAGAAGGCGGUCACGGACCACAUGGUGAGCCUGGCCUGCUCCGACAUCCUGGUCUUCCUCGUGGGCAUGCCCAUGGAGUUCUACAGCAUCAUCUGGAACCCGCUCACCACGCCGGGCUACGCGCUGUCCUGCAAGCUGCACAACUUCCUCUUCGAGGCCUGCAGCUACGCCACGCUGCUGCACGUGCUCACGCUCAGCUUCGAGCGCUACGUGGCCAUCUGCCACCCCUUCCGCUACAAGGCCGUGUCCGGGCCCUGCCAGGUGAAGCUGCUGAUCGCCUUCGUCUGGGUCACCUCGGCCCUGGUGGCCCUGCCCCUGCUCUUCGCCAUGGGCGUGGAGUACCCGCUGGCGCCCGGGCACAGCCACCCCCGCAGCGGCCUCGCCUGCAACCGCACCCUCACCCGCCACCACGAGCGGCCCCAGGCCUCCAACAUGUCCAUCUGCACCAACCUCGCCGGCCGCUGGCCCGUGUUCCAGUCCAGCAUCUUCGGCGCCUUCGUGGUCUACCUCGUGGUGCUGGUGGCCGUGGCCUUCAUGUGCUGGAACAUGAUGCAGGUGCUGCGGGGGAGCAAGCAGGGCACACUGGCCGCCAGGGGGCAGCAGGAGCAGCUGCGCAAGUCGGAGAGCCAGGAGAGCAGGGCGGCCCGCAGGCAGACCAUCCUCUUCCUGAGGCUGAUCGUGUUGACCUUGGCCAUCUGCUGGAUGCCCAACCAGAUCCGGAGAAUCAUGGCCGCGUCCCGGCCCAAGCACGACUGGACGCGCGCCUACUUCCAGGCGUACAUGACCCUGCUGCCCUUCUCGGACACCUUCUUCUACCUGAGCUCCGUCAUCAACCCGCUGCUCUACAACGUGUCCUCGCGCCAGUUCCGCGCCGUCUUCUGGCAGGUGCUGCGCUGCCGCCUGACGCUGCUGCACGCCAACCAGGAGCGGCGCCUGCGGGGCCUGGCCGCCUCCGCCUCGGCCUCGGCCUCCCCGGGGGACAGCGCCCGCUCCCGCCGCCCGCUGCUCCGCCUGGCCUCCCGCCGCAGCUCCUCCUCCUCCCCCGCCGCCAGGACGGCUCCCAAGGUUUUCCUGAGCACCUUCCAGAGCGAGGCCGGGGCUGGAGCCAAGCCCCAGCCUGAGCCCCAGCCAUCUGGUCCCCAGUCCCCGGAGCCCAGGUCGGAGACGGAGACGGCCCCGGCCAGCGCUGCCGCAGAGAACGGUAUUCAGGAGCACGAAGUGUGA